AUGUAUGAUGCUUUAUUUGAUAUCCAUAGUGAAGCCUUGUGUGCCAAGGAGUUGUGGGACACCCUUGAGUUGAAGUAUAUCACCGAGGAUGCUUCUAGCAAGAAGUUUCUAGUCAGUGACUUUAACAAUUUUAAGAUGGAUGACUCAAGGUCUGUUACUGAACAAUUCAAUGAACUCCUUGGCAUAUACGGUCGGUUUAAACUGCACCAUAUGAAUAUGUAUGAGUCCAUUGUUGUGUCAACCAUCAUUGACAAACUGCAUCCAUCCUGGAAAGACUUCAAACACAAGUUGAAAAAUCAAAAGGAGGAAUUGUCUUUGGUUCAACUUGCUAGUCACAUUCGUAUUGAAGAAUCGCUUCAUGCGAAGGAAAGUGACAAAUCUGAAAAACUCAAAGGAAAAAUUGAGCCUGGACAACCCUCGGUUCAUAUGGUUGAAAACAAACCAAGGAACCAGAACCACAAAGGACAUGACAUACGUAAGCAGGAACAUGUACCAAGCAACUCCAACAAAAAGAGAAAGGAUUUGGUUUGUUGGAGGUGCAAUCAGGCUGGGCAUUGCAAGCAUGACUGUCGUGUGAAUUUGGGCAAUAAUGGUGCUGGAAACAGUGGAGUCAAUGGGAAAGUGAACGGGUCUUCGGCCCAAGUUAAAGGAGAACCUAAUGAUUCGGUUUCGGUUAACACUGUUAUUGAAUCACAAGAUGCAAUUUUUGAUGAGAUGCGGUUUUCAUCAAUUCAAAGACCUAAGGAUCUGACUUUUGGUGCUCAUAAAGAGCAAAAUUCAGAAAGUCAAGAUGGUGAAAGUAACACAAAAAGAGUGACGCCGGAACCUUUUGAAGAUAAUUGGACUGCAUGUAAGAUGAAUAUUGAUGGAUUUCCUGGAGAAGAUGAAGUUGUGGUCUUAAUCGAUUUGAAGGUUGUCAUGAAUGUGCAGGUCCAAUGCUUGGGAUCGAUUUGCAUUCAUCCGGUGGAUAUGAAGAUGUGGAGGAGUGCCACGUAUACUUGUUUGGGGAUUGGAAAUGUUAGUGUAAUCUGCUCUGAGCACGAGCGACUUGCUCUUCUCAACUUCAAACACAGUAUCCAAGAUCCUUUUGAAAUGUUGUCCUCAUGGGUUGGAAAUGAGUGUUGCAUGUGGGAAGGAAUCCAGUGUGAUGCUGUCACUGGAAAUGUUCAACGCCUUAAACUUAAUGCAGAUUCCUACUACGACUUCUUUACUCGUAAUAAGGUGAGCUCUUCUUUGGCAGAGUUGAGACAUCUCAAAUACCUCGACUUGAGUGGGAAUGGUUUUUUUCUAGGAAGUCAGAUCCCUGAGUUCAUUGGAUCCUUUAAACAGCUGACCUACCUCAAUCUAUUUGAUGCUGGUUUUGAAGGUAUUAUUCCUCCUCAAAUUGGAAAUCUUUCUAAUUUAAAGGUUCUUAAUCUCGGUUCAAACUUUUUAAAGGCGGAUGAAAUUGCAUGGAUUUCUCGCCUUCCGUCACUCGAGCUUCUCGACUUGAGUUCAGUGGAUCUUAGUGGAGCACAAAACUGGGAUCAAACUUUGCUUCACAUGACUCCCUUGUUGAAAGAGUUAAGUUUGUCGAAUUGUCUACUUUCCAAUGUUGACCUUGGUGCUUUUCUUAAUUUGAGUAGAAUACUUCCCAACAUCAAACACCUCGAUCUUGGCUUCAAUUCUUUCGAAGGUCCACUCCCCACCUUUUUUCAAAACAUGACCUCCCUCACAUUCCUCGAUCUUUCCGUCUUUAAUCUUAGUUUGGCAUGGAACUUUCCAGACCUACUAAGCAUGAUCCCUUCUCUAUCAGAGCUGCAUUUGUUUGAUUGUGGGCUUGAUAGGACACAUCUAUCUUCCCCUCGUCUUAAUUUCAGUACACUUUCUAACAUCCAACACCUCGAUCUUAGCUUUAAUCCACUUGGAGGCAUAUUUCUGUCCUUUUUGACUAACAUGAGCUCCCUAAGAGUCCUUGACCUUUCGGAUACCAUGUUGAAUUCAUCCCUUCCUAUUAUGCCUAAACUUCUAGAGCUUCAUCUUUCUUAUAACAAGUUUAAGCAGAUUGAGCAUGUUGGAAUCUGGAGACAGUGCCACCUGCAACAGUUGAGAGUGACAAAUAAUAAAUUUGGUAUGGAAAUGAUUGACUCACCAAAAAACGCAUCAGAAUGCUCCCAGGAUUCUUUGGCGAAUUUAAGAGUUCUUGAUCUAUCGUACAACAGACUGGUUGGUUCAAUCCCUGAAUCUCUGAGUAGAUUAAGAUUUUUAGAUGUGCUAGAUCUAUCUCAAAAUCACUUGACUGGUCCUGUUCCAGAGUUCCCUGGUAACCUUACCAAACUUGACCUUUCUUCUAACCAAUUGACUGGUUCAAUUCCAAAGUCCCUUGGAACAUUAGCAGCUUUAACAGAUUUGAAUCUAAGUUCUAAUUUGUUAAAUGGGUCUAUUCCUCUUUCAAUAGGGAAACUUGCCAAACUCCGUUCUCUCGUUCUCUCUAACAAUUCUUUAGAAGGAGUAGUUACCGAAGCCUAUUUUGCCAACCUUUCCAUGUUGAAGGACUUGGAUGCUUCUUCUAACACUAAGUUGACGUUCAAUGUUUCACGUGGGUGGAUACCUCCAUUCCAAUUAAAAUCUCUUAAUCUCAGUUCUUGCAAUAUCGGUAAUGGAUUCCCACAGUGGCUUCGAAAACAACGGAAGCUUCAAAUCUUAGUGUUGUCAAAUGCUACACUUUCAGGACCUCUGCCCACAUGGUUGCGGAAGAUGCCCAUCAUUCCUGUCUUAGAUCUCUCUCACAACAAAUUCAGUGGACCUCUGACAAACCUUCCCAAUGGUGGAAAUGAUAAAGUGUAUACAUAUUCUCCUGAGCCCGCAUUACUUCUGGAAUAUAACCUUUUCAAUGGGUCGAUUCCAAGGUCAUUGUGCAGAAGAACAUAUUUAGUAGGACUUGAUCUUUCCAAAAAUAUGUUAAGUGGGAAAAUUCCCAACUGUUUGGGGAAUCUGAAGGAUUUGACUAACAUGAUAUUAAGCUCAAAUCGGCUCUCUGGUGUCAUUCCAAGUUCAAUAGCUCUUAAUUCAUCAUUAUUUUGGUUAAGUUUGAAUGACAAUAACUUUAUUGGUGAACUUCCACGAGAAUUGGCAAAUCUACAACUUUUGCAAGUCUUAGAUUUGGGUGAUAAUAAGUUCUCUGGAAAUAUACCAAAAUGGAUUGGAGAAAAAUUUAUAGAUUUGGUAGUUUUGAGGUUACACAAAAACAACUUCACCGGUAGAAUUCGUCGAUCUCUGUGCAAAAUUUCAACUCUUCAAAUUUUGGAUCUUGCAUACAACAAAUUAACAGGGACCAUCCCCCGUUGUGUAGGAAAGUUAAAUGGCAUGGUUGAGAGUCACUCAAUACCUUUGUAUCAUUCCGCUUCCGAUUAUGAUAAGAAUGUGAUUCAGGGCAUGAAAGGUGUUGAUCUUGAAUAUACAACAAUUUGGGGUAUGGUUUAUAACAUGGAUCUUUCAAGCAAUAAGCUUGUGGGAGAAAUACCGGUCGAGCUAACUGCACUUUCUAACAUGGCAGCUUUGCACUUUUUGAGCCAUUUGAAUUUGUCAUACAACAACUUGUCGGGUCAAAUUCCAAUAGGAAAUCAACUGCAAACGCUUAAUGAUCCUUCAAUAUAUGCUGGGAACAAACAUCUAUGUGGGCCUCCAUUGCCAAACACUUGCUCAAAUCAUCAAGAUCCAACAACAACAAGAAGCAAGAAGAAACACAAAGCAACUGAUGAGUGGAUGAAGGUAUGGUUGUUUUACGGGGACAUAAUGAGUGGUUUUGUAACAGGGUUUUGGGGUGUUAUUGGAGUUCUGUUGUUCAAGAAGCAGUGGAGACAGAAGCUUUUCAUGUUUGCUGAGGUAAUGGUAGACAAGAUAUAUGUUGCAGUCAUGCUAAGAGUUUCCAAAAUCAAGAAAGGAAGAGAAGCUGCAUAG